AUAUCAUUUCAGUUGGAACCCUGCUAAUUUUAACCGUCGGUUCAUCUAACCGGAUUUGGUGAAAUUGGCCAUUAGACUUCUCUUUGUAUAUAAAUUUCAAAAAACAUGGAAUAUACGUUAGAGGAUGCUUUCGAAACGCUAAAAGAUAAGAAAAUAGAACAAGAAAAAAAAAUAGAAGAUUUAAUAAAUAAAAUAUCAAACAAUGAAGUUUUUACUCUGAAACCAUCAAGUUCACUCGAGGAUGUGAAAAUGAAACAAAAGAGAUUAUGCCAAAGCUUGUUAAAAGAAAUUCAACAAGUUGAACCUGAAGAUUAUCCAAUUCUAAGAACAUCUGAUUUACGUGUAGAAGUAAUGACUGAAAUGGAAGAAGAGAUUCGUAACAUGCAAGAGCUCCUCAACAAUUUAAAACAGAAGCUUUCUGGUAUUCAAGAAGAUAUCAUAUAUUUGAAAAAUAAAAAAGAUGGGCUUGAGAAAAUGCGAGAAGCUUAUUUGGAUAUGGAAGAGACUUUUGCAAAUGAGACUUAUGAGAAGGAAUUUGUUGUAACUAAACGUAUAUUUCAACAGGUGAAGAAUGAUUUAUAUACUGUGGUUGAUACAAUUUUUUCUGACAAUGAUGGCUUUAAGGAAUUAUUAGCAGCACUAACAUCUGCUUAUAUGAAAGGGGGAGAUGAUAUUUAUGUAAAUGUUACACCAGAUAUUUCAUUUUAUGUAAAUUUUUUAAUAGAAAAUGACAUAGUACAAUAUCACCGUAAUGACAAAACUAAAAUUAGAAUGACUGAGUUAUUAUAAUACAUCCAACAAAUAUUUAAUUGUAUGAUAUAUUACAAACUUGUUUUAUUGCUGAUGCAGCAUAAUAAAUUGUUUUAAAAAUGUA